AUGAUAUUUCUAAUAUUAUUACACUUCCAAAUACUAUUUGCAUUUAGGAAACUCAAUAUUACUCAUCCUCAUAGUACCCUUUAUAAAAAUUACAUAAUCUUCAAUAGAGACAAUGAUAUUGCUUAUUCCUAUCUUUAAAACACAAAUCACUAUUCAAUUAUUUCCUAAAACAUGACAGAAUUCUGUCUCCAAAAUCAUUUUCUUGCUGUAUGGAAUCAAGAUCUGAUUAUUGUUUAUUCCCUUUAUGAAAAAUAGAAUGAAACCACUCUAAGCAUAACAGAAUCAUUUAAUAUUACGAAUGAUAAUUUCACAAAUAUAACUAUCACAUCCUCUUACUUUGUUGCUCAAUAUCAAAACCAGUCCUUAUAUGUAAAGAACAUAUUAACCCAAAAUAUGAAAAUACUCAAUAGUACAUUAGUGAAACCAAAAAAUCAUUCUCACACAUCCAUUGAAGUCUAUAAUUACGAUGCUAACUUAACAUUCACAUAUUUAAACACAGACCAUCAAUUCCAUAUUAUUUUUCUAAACGAAAACAUUCAUCAACUUGAUGAGAAGGUUUGGUUUAGUACUCAAAAUGGUGUAUUUUCAACAUAAUAUUGGAAUAAUGGAACCGCUGUCUUUAUGAAUUCUCAUCAAGUUAAUUACACUGUGCCUACUAAAGUGUUAUUUUGGUAUCACGAAGACUCAAAUAUCAAGAUUAAAUAUCUAUUUUCAAUUUAAGAUGCUUUUGUAUUUGCUAUUUUCACGAAUAAAGGAAUUUGUUAUCAAUAUUAUAGCAAGAGUCUACAAAUUAAUUAUCAAAAUAUACUUUGCAUGAAGAUCGAAGAAGAGUAUUAUUAAAUAUAGGAUGUAAACUUUAAAUACAGACUCUAAAUUCUACUUAAACACAAUUAAACAAAUGAAUUGGCAGUAGAUUACUAUAAUCAGUGUUUGUUAUUUUCAACAGUUCCAGUAGAGAAUUCUUGUUCUUCCUGUUUGGAGGAAAGUUGUUUGAAUGAGUGUCACACAAUGAAAUCAUAUUCAUGCAAUGAUAAUUACAAAAUUAGAGCUAGUUUGCCUUUUGUGCUGAUAUGUCUUUGCUUUAUUUGCAUACUAGUUUCGUUUAUAAUUCAGAUGUUUAAAAUACUAGCAGUGUUCCUAUAAUUUCUAUACUUAUUCGUAAGUCAACUUUGUUGUAGAUUUCCAAAAUAUAUAGUUCUUAAAAUCAAACGCAUUUCAAUCAGGUUACGUAAACGAAUGACUCCCUUACCAUUAACUAAUCCUUAAACGUGUCCAAUUUGUUUAGGAGAUGUAAUCGAUGCAAGAAUGUUCCCUUGUAAUCGACAUGCGGCUUGUUUUGACUGUUUUACAUAAUAUGAAGCCACCUUCGUAAAUUAAUAGAUGAAAUGUCCAUAUAGAGAUGAGUGA